UUAGAACGUUUCGUGUUGGUAUAAAACUGUCACCCAUCAGUCACCGAACGGAUAUUUAUCAUUCGUUUCCCGGUGCUUCGGGACCUGCCGUGAUCUCGACGAGAUGUCGCGGAGUUGUUGUUUUUGGUUAGGGCUAGUGAUCGGAUGCCUUCUUCGAGGAUCAUCCGUUACCGAGGCGCGAGUGUUGUUAGAUCCAGUACUAGAAGAACCAACUACGAACGAUACCCAUACUCCAACACUACAGCGACACCUGCUGAAUCGGGCCCGCAGUUGCUUCGAUAGUGGUCGAUUGGUGGAAUGUAUUCGUGGUGAAGUGUUUCGUGCCCUGGAUCGUGCUAUCGAUUCUAAUGUGACAUUUCGUGUGACUCCGUUCGUUACGGUGCGUCGAAACUCCGACUAUCCUAGUGUUGCACGUCUUCCAACUGACGUUGCCCGUCUUUCUGGUUGGAGUGGACUAUUGCGGAAGCUGCACGAGCUUUUUCUGUCGCGACUUUUCCAGCUCAGUUUAGUCGAUGUGGAUGGACGAGCGCUACUCGACCCCACCGAAGAGGGCCGUGGCAAGAAGCACAAACAUAAACAGGGUGGUAUGUUCUCGAUGGCGCUGAUGGCACUGAUGGCGAUGAUAGCGCAAGUCAUCCUUGGCAAGGUAGCCGUCCUGGCGGCGGUCGCACUGAUCAUGGCAAAGAUCGCACUCGUCUUCUCCACCUUGGUAAAUACGCUCGCACUGGUGUUCCGCGCGGUCCUACACACGGGAGGCGCCCACCAUCACUGUACGUAGCUGCAGCUGUUGGCUCAAAUUGGAUUUUCUUUUCCUUCUCUUUCUCUCGCUCUUUCGCCUUUCCCCACACGGCACUGCUUUCCUUCACAGAAUGGGCUGAAGAAGGCGAACGGGGCGGGCGGAGGCCAUGCAGCCGAACAUGUCGUGUACGAGCACUCGAGCCAUGGGGGUGGCGGUGGAGGUGGAGGAGGCUGGCAGCGCAGCAUCGAGCCGAGGAAACCCUACCCACGCUAUCAGUACUACGAGGAGGACGAUAUGCCCUACUGGAAGCGACGCCCCGAGCACGACUAUCAGGACGCAUAUGAUGGCGCCUAAAUGUAGACAAUAUGCG